CUAAUGCCCCCUCCCUCUUUCUCAACUCUACACUCAAACUGUUUUUCCCAGUCUCGCUCACCGUUGCUCAGCGUUCACUGAGUGAAGUCCUAUUUUUUCAAUAUCAGAGAGUUUGCUGCAAACACUCUGGGACGUCUACAAGUUGGUUGGCAAGUGGUUCAGCUGAAGUGUCUUUUUGUGGAGAUCCAUAUUCUACCAGUUUCCACCCUGCGAAAAGCACUGCACAGUUUGGUGGUGGUUAAUAAGUAAAGAUGUCUCUCCCAUUGGCAGUGGUGAUAUGUCUCUCAGCUAUCCAGCUAUGUUUGGGAGAUCAGCCUGUGGAGGAAGUCAUCACAACAAAAAAGGUGCCUCUGCUAGGUGACUGGUUUGAAAGAAAUCCAGAGUCAAGUGAGGUUCAGGAGGCAACUCAACAUGCUGUUAAGAUGUUCAACACAGAGUCCAAUGGCAAGAAGAUGUUCAAACUGAUCUCCGUCAUCUCCGCUCAGACUCAGGUGACCAAUAUGAUCAACUAUAAGAUCGAUGCAAUUCUGGGUAAAACCAAGUGCCUCAAGACUGAAAACCAUGACUUGAACAGCUGCAGUCUUGAGAAAAAGCGUGUGAAGUGCCACUUUGUGGUGAUUUUUGAUCCCCGCACCAAGAAACAUGAGCUGCAGAUGCACACGUGCAGGAAAUUUAUGGGGCCAGUUUAACUUUUUCACAGGCCUAACUGUAUUUUUGUUUUCUUUCUUUGACUAUCUGUUGAUAUUUUUUUCUGAAUAAACGUCUUGCAGCUGAUUUUAAACGCUGGAUUUGUGUGCUUAAGAACACGGACACCUUGUAACAACAACACAAUAAAAAUUUGUUGGGAAAAAGA